GACUGCUCUCUCAAAGGAGCUUCAACAGAUAAGCACUGGCCCUCUCCUUCACUCUGGCACGUUGCUGCCUCCUGUUGUGAUUGGACUGACUUUUACUACUGUCAAGUGCUAUGGCCAGUGGUGGAAGCUCAACAGCCUGACCAUGUCCACUGGAGCAUGAUCAUGACUUCCCUCAACGAGUCAGAGGAGACCUCCCCUCCCUCCUUCCCUCUCUCCUCCCUUGAACACAAUUUCUCCCACUUUGUCACCCAUGACCCGUCAUACUCCCCCAUAUCCUUCCCCACCUCCUCGCUGGAGCCCUCCAACUGCACCAGCUCCCCGUCAGCCUCCUCUCCUCCGUACAACUUCUACGCCGUGCUGCUGGUGCUCCUGAUCUUCUGCGUGGUGUUCGGUAACGUGCUGGUGUGCGUGGCCGUGUCGAGGGAGCGCUCUCUUCAGACCACUACCAACUACCUCAUCGUCUCGCUGGCUGUGUCCGACCUGCUGCUGGCCACGCUGGUCAUGCCCUGGGGGGUCUACAUGGAGGUGGUUGGAGAGUGGCACUUCAGUCUCAUCCACUGUGACAUCCUGCUCACCCUGGACGUCAUGAUGUGCACCGCCAGCAUCCUCAACCUCUGCGCCAUCAGCAUCGACAGAUACACAGCGGUAGCCAUGCCGAUGCUCUACAACACCAGAUACAGUUCCAGGAGGAGGGUGGCGGUGAUGAUUGCUGUGGUGUGGUUCCUCUCCUUUGCCAUCUCCUGCCCUUUACUGUUUGGACUCAACAACACUGCCAGCCGGGAAGGCACCACGUGCAGCUUUGCCGAUCCGGCCUUCGUGGUGUAUUCAUCUGUGGCCUCCUUCUACGUUCCCUUCAUCGUAACGUUGCUGGUUUAUGCGCAGAUCUGCGUGGUGCUGCGCAAGCGAGGCAGACGCACCGCCCCACCGCACAGACACGGCCUGCACACACAUGGCGGGGCUGAUGUUGGAGAAGGUCAUCGACACAGGAAGAAUAAGUGUACACAACCAGAGGAUGUGAAAUUGUGCACCCUGAUCCUGAGGCCCGCCACCGCUGGCCCACAGCGCAAGAAAGUGCAUCCACAUCUUUGUUGGUCCCCCAACGCGUACCUCCCUCACCACCCUCCUUCCCCUCUCUCUAUGUGUCAGACCCUGGUUAAGGAGGCGAUGGUUCACCCUCUCGAAGUGGAGCCGGGUCAGUUCCUGCCGCAGACCGAGCAGAGCCUGGCUCCUCCUCCUGCUCCCCAAACCCCCUCCCACUCGGGCCACGCCAGGAUCUCCCUGGCCAUCUCAGUUGGACCUGCCCCGGUUCUUCCCUCCACUGUGACACGAUCGGCCCUGAUGCCUCGUCCCGCCACCCUUGAGGACGGCAUGAGGGGCCGUGAGGGAUGGAGGGAGCGCAGUGGAGGGAGAGAGAAAUGGGGGAUGACCAAGGAGAGGGUGAGAGGGAGGCUGUCACAGCAGAAGGAGAGGAAGGCGACAAAGAUGCUCGCUAUUGUGCUCGGUGUGUUCAUCAUCUGCUGGCUGCCUUUCUUCCUGACCCACGUGCUGAAGGCCCACUGCAGGAGCUGCUGCAUCUCGCCCUCACUGUACAGCGCCGUCACCUGGCUGGGAUACCUCAACAGUGCUGUCAACCCUGUCAUCUACACCACUUUCAACAUCGAGUUUCGCAAAGCCUUCAUCAAGAUCCUGCACUGCUGAGAGCUGGAGAGAGGAGAAGCGCCAACUGUCAAGCCUGUCGUUGGUUUGAGAUCAGAGGAGAGAGAGAGUGAGAGAGAGAGAGAGAGAGGUAGUCGUCACUUUUGAUAUACAGGAACUGGGAGGGGAGGGAGGGGUUGAAAUGAAAACAUGCUAGACGAUCAUAAAAAGAGAGUGUGACAAGUAAGAGAUAGCUAAAAGAACACAAACGAGGCUGGAGAUAUUUAUGGAAAAAAUGACAUGCACUGCUUUGUGUACAUACAGUCUGAAAGAGGAAUAUAUGUGAGGACUGAUCUCUCCACAGCAUCCAGACUGAAAGACUCCCUGAGACGUGACUGUUUUCCCAAAACGUUUGCUGUUGUGUUUUUCUUGUAAUCCUGACAACCGGUAUCUCGUUAUUUGUUCGCAUGUGCUCGUCCUUCUCAGAGGACUGGAACAAGUCAAGGCAAAGGGAAAAAAAAACUGUGAACUGUACACAGGAGUGUUUUUUUUUUUUGACUCUCCUGCCAAAGGCUCGACCAUUUUUCAUACUUUUUGCAACGUUACACCAAGGCAGAAUUAUUGAUUUGCCGAUUCAGCGCACAUUCACAAUCACAGUGAAAAGAGCUUUCAUUUAAUUAAAUGUGUACAUGUUUUGCUUUGAAUAAGUGUGCGUACAUGUAAAAUUUGGUCUUGUAAAUAAUAAUUUCAUUGGUUUAGAAGAGGAAUCGCAAGUAUUGUACAAACCAUUGAUAAUAAUACAUUUAAAAAAAUACAUUUUAUUUUAUUGAUUUUGUUAACUUUACUAAUUGUAUAUGUUUUUUUUUACAAGGUGAUCAGUAUUCUAGUAAAACAAAAGGAAAUAAGUAGAAUAGAUUACAUAAACAUAUCUGCAAAAUACAAAUGAGUGUAAUGCAUGAAUGAAAGAAAAAUGAAAGCACAACCAAUUAUAAAACACAAGAGAUUUAUAAAUCCUGUCACUCUCUCAGUGGCACAGAGGUAGUAAAAAAGCAAUAAGAGCCCCAAUGACUGUGUGAUGCAGGUAUUGCACACGUUUGAGCUGUUGGUAUUCAGUGCACACUGAGGAUUUUGGAUAAGCCUUGUUAUAUUUAAAAGCCCCCAUCCCGUCUAUCAAUAUGGUGAAAAAUACAGUUUUUAAUACUGAGAUUGGAGGAUGGUGUGUUUGUGUUUUUACCUAUUGUUUCCCAAAAGAUUACGGCAUGUUGUAAUGCAUAUUUAAAUUAGUCUUUUGCCCUUGAAAUAUCCUUUUUUCCUUCUUAUUGAUUACCUUGAAGCUAUAGUAGUUACGUAGUUUCUGUCGCCCCCAUGAGGAAUUACUGACAACAAAAUUGUCGGCACGUUCACAUGAAACAAGCCUUCUGUGAGAAAUAGAGAGAGUUGUAUGGAGCUAAUAGUCUUAAUUAACUUUGUAGCAACUCAUUUGGCAAUGGCUUGAAUGUAACGGACGUUCAUUAAUAUGAAAAAGUUACGCCCUAAAGU